ACCUCGACUCGUCCAUCAAGGAAACUGAUGAUCAAUAAUAAUCAUCAUGGCACUUCUUCGCUGCUGGGUGAACUUCGGUAUCCCAACAGAUGAUCUACACCCUCCACCUCGCAUCAACCUCGCGUGAUUCCUAUUAGCUGUGACCCCUUCUCCCUCAUGCUUGUAGGGACUAUUUCAACACCGCAGUUCCCCUCCAUCUUUCUCGGCUCUUCAACUUCCUAAAUCCCAGCUCCUGUGAUUCCCCACACACAUAUCCUUAUCGAUAUUAAUUGUGCCCCUCCAUUCCCCCGCUGGUCCAUCGGAUUGGAUCCACAUACCGACGUACUAUAGAUCGUCAAUAUGGUUCGAUUAGACGUGGAAAAAACCAUCUCAGAGCUCACCGUAGGGGAGAAGGUAGAUCUCACAGCUGGGGUUGACUUUUGGCAUACCGCGGCCGUAGACCGUCUCAAUAUCCCUUCUCUGCGUAUGUCGGAUGGUCCGAACGGAGUGCGUGGAACACGAUUUUUCAAUGGAAUCCCUGCCGCUUGUUUCCCUUGCGCUACUGCUCUGGGUGCCACUUGGGAUACAGAGCUGUUGACCCAGGUGGGACGGUUGAUGGGUGACGAGUCUAUCGCCAAAGGCGCUCACAUCGUGCUUGGUCCUACCAUUAACAUUCAACGAUCUCCGUUAGGUGGCCGUGGAUUUGAGUCUUUCUCUGAAGAUGGCUUACUAUCGGGAACCUUGGCCGGUCACUACUGCAAGGGUCUUCAAGAGAAGGGCGUCGCGGCUACCCUUAAGCACUUUGUUUGCAAUGACCAAGAACAUGAGCGGUUGGCGGUCGAUAGCAUUGUGACGGAGCGCGCAUUGCGAGAAAUAUAUUUGCUGCCUUUCCAGGUGGCCAUGAGAAUUUGUCAGAGUGCUUGCAUAAUGACAGCUUACAACAAGGUCAAUGGCACCCAUGUCAGUGAGAACAAGCGCAUUAUCACCGAUAUCCUUCGCAAGGAGUGGGGAUGGGACGGUUUGGUUAUGAGUGAUUGGUUUGGGACGUACAGUACAUCUGAUGCCAUCAAUGCCGGACUAGACAUGGAGAUGCCAGGAAAGACGCGGUGGCGUGGAUCGGCCCUAGGCCAUGCCGUGUCGUCAAACAAGGUUGCUGAAUUUGUGCUGGACGAGCGUGUACGCAACCUGUUGAAUUUGGUCAACUACCUUGAUCCAUUGGGCGUCCCCCAGGGGGCGCCCGAGAAAAUCCUCAACCGGCCGGAGGACCAGGCUCUACUCCGCCGGGCUGCAGCUGAAUCUGCAGUUCUCAUGAAGAAUCAGGAUAACAUCUUGCCCCUAAACAAAGAAAAGUCGGUAUUGGUCAUCGGUCCCAAUGCCAAAAACGCCGCAUACUGCGGAGGGGGUUCUGCGUCUUUACUCCCUUACUACGUUGUGACACCAUAUGAAGGCGUGUCAGCUCAGAGUAAGGGAGAAGUCACCUUUUCCCAAGGUGUCUACUCACACAAACAGCUGCCAUUGCUUGGACCGCAUAUGAAGACGGCUGACGGCAAGCCGGGUUUUAUGUUCCGGGUAUACAACGAGCCUGCAUCGGAACCCAAGCGGGAGGCUGUUGAUGAGCUGCAUCUGGUGCCAUCCAUUGGAUUCCUUAUGGACUAUACCAACCCGGAGAUCAAAUCCAUGACAUUUUACGUUGACAUGGAAGGCUACUUCACUCCGGAGGAGGAUGGCCUGUAUGAUUUUGGUGUUACUGUUGUCGGGACAGGGAAGUUGUUGAUCGACGGCGAGGUAGUUGUCGACAACACCAAGAACCAGCGACAGGGUUCUGAGUUCUUUGGCAGCGCCACUGUGGAAGAGAUCGGAAGCAAGGAGCUCAAGGCGGGGCAGACAUACAAGAUCGUCGUCGAGUUUGGCACCGCCCCGACUUCUGAUCUCGAUACCCGCGGUGUCGUGGCCUUUGGACCGGGAGGAUUCCGUUUCGGAGCUAGCCGACGGGUUGAUCAGGAGGAGCUUAUUUCGAAUGCAGUCGAACUUGCAUCCAAGGCAGACCAGGUGGUUAUCUUUGCCGGUCUGACGAGUGAGUGGGAGACAGAGGGCUAUGACCGUGAACACAUGGAUCUUCCACCCGGCAGUGAUGAAAUGAUCUCGCGUGUCCUCCAGGCGAAUCCCAACUCGGCCGUAGUGAUCCAGAGCGGCACACCUGUCACGAUGCCGUGGGCCAACCAAGCCAAGGCCUUGCUUCAGGCCUGGUUCGGCGGUAAUGAGCUCGGUAACGGUAUCGCGGACGUCCUGUACGGUGAUGUCAACCCCUCUGGCAAGCUGCCCGUCAGCUUCCCCGUGCGUUUACAGGAUAACCCAUCGUACCUCAACUUCCGCUCUGAACGGGGCCGGGUGUUGUACGGUGAGGACGUCUAUGUAGGAUAUCGAUACUACGAAAAGGUCAAUCUGGCGCCUCUGUUCCCCUUUGGCCACGGCCUGUCGUACACGACCUUUACACGCUCCGACCUGACGCUACAAACCACCCCUGAGAAGCCCAAGCUAGGUGAUGGCGAGCCCAUCACUGCGACCGUCAGCGUUACCAAUACAGGCAAGGUCGCUGGAGCGGAAACCGUCCAACUCUGGGUGGUGCCGCCUCCAACGGGGGUCAACCGACCGGUUCGUGAGCUAAAGGGAUUCGCCAAGGUAACACUCAGCCCUGGCGAAACCAAGAAAGUAGAGAUUGAGGUAGAAAAGAAACUUGCGACAAGCUGGUGGGAUGAGCAGCGAGAGGCGUGGGCGUCGGAGAAGGGGGCCUAUGAUGUCGUUAUUACAGGAACAGGCGAGGGAGAACUGCAGUCUUCGUUUGAAGUGGAGAAGACGCGAUUCUGGCUGGGACUGUAGGUUAUGAUUCAUGUGUGAUGACAGUUAAAAUGACAUGGUUAUGAGUAUCAUGAGUGGUACACCGUAGUUUUGGAUGCUUUUGUAGAUCAAUAAACCCC